GCGAUCUGGCAGAGCGGAGGGAGGCGGGGAGCGCGCUUGUCAGGUUCCCUCUCGCCCCGGGGGCAUCCAGCAGAGCCGGGCUCGGAAAUCCGCGGGGAAAUGGCAAACAGGAUUGACGGGUUUCUCGCGCUCCUCGCCAGACACAGCGGCUCAUUUCCAUAACCGUCUGCGGCGGCGGCGGCGGGACCUGCGGGGACCUCGGCCGCCGCGCACCGGGCCACGCCGACUGGGCCUGGGAGGCGCGUGGGCAGCGGCGGCCGCGCGGAGGACGGCGGCGGCUGGAGCGCGGGGCGCGCGAUCUAAGGCUGUUAGAGAUGACGCUGGUUCUGUCCAUGAAUAGAUUCUGCGAGCCCAUUGUCUCAGAAGGAGCUGCUGAGAUUGCCGGGUACCAAACACUAUGGGAGGCUGACAGCUAUGGAGGUGCGAGCCCCCCGGGGCCAGCACAGGUUCCUUCUCAGGGAGACCGGGGAGCCAGCUCACAACUGGCAGGAUCACAUUACAGGGGAAUUCCAAAUCCUAUAAGCACACCCAAGGUCACCUACUUCAAGAGGAAGUAUGCAGAAGAGGACGAUCUUCACCCACCACUCGGCAGCUGCAGCCAUAAAACCAUCUCCAUUUUCGAGGAGCGAGCACAUAUCCUUUACAUGUCCCUGGAGAAGCUCAGGUUCAUCGAUGACCCAGAGGUGUACCUGCGAAGGUCUGUUCUUAUCAACAACCUGAUGAAGAGGAUCCAUGGGGAGAUUGUCAUGCAGAACAGCUGGUGCCUCCCUGCCUGCUCCCUCGGUGGAACCUCCGCCCAAGAGUGGUUCCUGGCUCAAGACUGUCCUUACCGGAAACGGCCCCGGGUGGCCAAAGAGGAAUGGGAAAAGAUCCACACUUGCUGUUUUUACCAGGAGUGUGGCGGUCACUGCCUGAACCUACCCUUCUCUGUCAAUUCUAGUGUUGGAAGCUCUUCGGCUGCUGCGGUGGCCUCAUCUGCCUCUUCCUCCCCAUCCACCUCUUCUCCAUCCUCCCCAUCCUCCUCCUCCUCUUCCUCUCCCUCCUCUUCCUCCUCCUCCUCCUCUUCCUCCUCCUCCUCCUCUUCCCCUCUCCCUUUGCCUAGUUGCUCCCACCAUGUAGACUUUGACAUAGGCAGUGCACCUAUUUACAAGAGCCAAAUACCUGCCAACGAAAUCUUUGUCACUAACAUUAGGUCGCUUGGUGUCCAGGAAAAAGUCAAAUUCAACAACGAUGGGAAAGUAAGUCAUGAAACCAACAGAGAUGGUGAUGCCCUUGGUCAAGAACCUGUGGGAAACGACCUUGAUUUUGAGUGCAAGGGCCAAUUUUACGAUUAUUUUGAGACUGGAUAUAAUGAGAGAAACCGUGCGAGUGAGUCUUGGAAAAAGUCUUUGAGGAAAAAGGAGCUUUCCCCGAGCAACAAACUGUGCUGCAGCAGAGGGGGUAAAAUGUGAUGUCCCCCACUGGCGCAGAAGCACGCACAGCAUGAUCAGUUUUUACUUUGGAUUUUGUAGUUUUGUACAACCGAUAAAAUCAUGCAGUGAACACCACGCUGGGUUGUUUCACUGCCUGGAGAGCAGAUUGCACAAAACAUCUGUACAGUAGGCAUCCACAAGCCACUUAUUAAUGUGAUUUUUGCCAAGGAAAGCCAACUUCAUGUUUCAAAGUAUAUCUUAGUUUUCUUUUAAAAAAAAAUCAGUAGAGUAGAUAGAAGACAACAUGCCCUUGUUAUAUUCCCACUGCCCUCCAAGGAGCCUGCCGCUAGCCAAGUUCAACAUGUUUGCCAGUUAAUUAGGUAGUUACUUGGUAAACAAAUCAAUAUAACCAGCAGAGGUGCGUGCUUCGAAGUGAUACAGUAUUUUUCUUUCCUGAGUAAAGGACUGGAGACAGGAAGCUAGAUAAAGUGGUUUCAUGAGCUGUGACAUGUUUGUACUGGACAGGUUGGGGCGAAAUGGAGCGCACCUGGCACGACAGCCAUCUAGGAUCUGUGGAGACAGUUCCCUACAAGCUCCUAACUUCCCUGUGAUGAGUAGUGGGUGGCUAGAGAGGUGGUGUACAGGGCCAUCUCUGAUGGGGUGAUGAGAGGUGGCAUACAGGGCCAUCUCUAUUGGGGUGGCUAGAGAGGUGGCAUACAGGGCCAUCUUGGUGAUGGAGUGGCUAGAGAAGUGGUGUACAGAGCCAUCUCUGAUGGGGUGGUAGAGAGGUGGCAUACAGGGCCAUCUCUUACAGAGUGAUAGGGAGGUCGCAUAUGGGGUAGCUAGAAAGGUGGCAUACAGGGCCAUCUUGGUGGUGGGGUGAUAGGUGGCAUACGGGGCCACCUUGGGUGCCUUACUUUAUCUUAAUUUUUGCCAGUGUGAAAAUUAAAGAUGAAUCAGAGUUACAGCAGGGAUUUGACAAAACACAGGGUGGAUCCAUGCAGUUUAGAAACUUAACUUUGAACUAUCAAGUUCAACUUUCGAGUUACCCUCCCCAUUUUUCCUUUGUUUAUGACGCCCAGCGGCUGUGGGUCUGAUCUUUUGGGGUAGAGAUGGAAGAGACAAUGCAGAAGGUCAUCAGGAGCAGAGAAAGCUGCCUGGGUUCUCUCUGGCAACAAGCGGCUGCUGGGUCUGGGCCCUUCCAGCUUUGGGCUGUUUUGUUUCCUUGUCCAGUGACAUUCACAGCCCGUGGCAUGCGUUCUAUUUUGACCUGUUUUUGCAUCAUUUCAUGCGUUUAGACUCUUAAGAGCAUGUGGUUUCUAUAUACGACUUUUGCUGUUGAUUGAGAAGCACAAUGUUAAUAGAUUACGUGGUGAUCAAUACGUUUUAUCUUAAAGAAUGUAAAGGUUUGUAGGUUGCAGAACGUUAUUUUGGAGAAAUGGGGCUCGCUCGUCAUUGGUACUGUGUAUUUGGCCAACACACUACUCAACGAUACCUUGAGUUUGCACAUUGUCAGGUGUCCUAAGUGGUAACUCUGGAACAGCCCCACCAGCUCCUUAUGAACUCCUCCCAUCUCCAAGGCCAAGGACUGGUCUGGGUGACGUGGGUUUCUCAAAACAAUUAUUUACAGGAACCAAAUGCCAAAAGGAAGAAAUAGGUAAGUUCUCCCACUUUCUCCAAGAUGAAGCUCUUUAAUUAUUGCUAUUAAUAUUAAAUAGGUCUCAUUCAUACAGUGUAUGAGUAGAUCAUUUGGGCAAUUGUCCACAAGGACCAAUUUUUAAAAGAUGUUCCUGUGUUAUGGCUGAAUAGUCUAGUAAUGUCUCGUCCUUUAUUUUCAAUAUUUGAUGAACAUUUUGGUGUUGAAAACUUAGCUGAUAGAUGCUUGUACAUGACUGUGUUGUAAUAUAGUGAAGUUUUCUUGAUAUAUAUUUAUUAAAAUGAUCAAAAUUCAUUACGUUCU